UUUUUGCUCGUUUAUUCUUUUAGCUUAUUGCUUCUUCGUUGAUAAAGAACGGCAAAUUCAUAGUAGUAGAAGAAAGAUGUUGCAGAGUAAAUCCUUCAAUAGAAAAACUAGACAAGGAAAAAUUGUUAAGGUUGUGAGAGAACACUAUCUAAGAGAUGAUAUAUAUUGUGGAGCUUCAAUAUGUAAAGCUGAAUCAUGUGAGAAACAAGAAGCUCGUUUGAACUUAACAAUACCUUCUUCAACCCUUCUCAUUCUUGAUACUAAUGUUGUUCUCAAUCAGUUUCAGAUUGAUUUACUUGAGAAUCCUGCAAUGGAUGAUGUAGUUAUACUAUCAGUUGUGCUUAAUGAAGUGAAAAACCAGAACCUAUCUGUUUACAAUAGACUUAGGGCACUUUGCAGCAACAACCUAAGGAGGUUUUUCGUCUUUUCAAAUGAACAUCACAGGGAUACAUAUAUCAAGGCCAUGGCAGUGGAAAGUCCUAAUGACCGAAACGAUAGAGCAAUCCGGGUAGCAACUGAUUGGUAUCAAAAGCAUCUCGGUGCCAGUGUACGAGUAUUACUACUCACAAAUGAUAGAGAGAACAAGAAAAAGGCAACUGCAGAAGGCAUCGCAGCAGAAACAAUUGAAGCAUAUGUCAGAUCACUUAAUCGACCAGAUUUACUGGACUUAGUAGUUGUGCGUCAAUCUUCUGAGGAUGUAAACAUGGAAGAUGUUGAAGAUCAUAGACCUUCAAAGAGAAAAGCCAUUUAUACUGAGCACAAGCCGAUGUCGGAGAUUACUUCUGGAUUGCAUCGUGGAAUCUUUCACCAAGGAAAGCUUCGAGUCAAUCGAUAUAAUCCUUUUGAGGCUUAUGUUGGGAGUGAGAGCAUUGGUGAUGAGAUAAUUAUUCAUGGCAGGAGUAACAUGAAUAGGGCUUUUGACGGUGAUAUAGUGGCAGCGGAACUCUUUCCUAAAGAACAAUGGCAUGAUGGGAAAUCUUCCUCUAUAGCAGAAGAUGAGGAUGAAGAGGACGAAGAUGUUCAUUUAGUUCCAAACAGCUCUGAUGAUGCUCCUAGAAACACGAAAGUCGUGCAAGAAGCUGCAAAUGACAUGAGUUCCGAUUCAAGCCGUCCAACUGGGCGUGUUGUUGGCAUUAUAAAGCGGAACUGGCAAUCUUAUUGUGGUUCUCUGGAACCUAUGGAUAUGCCAGCAGCUACUGGGGGGGUCGCACAUGCGUUAUUUGUUACUAAAGAUCGCAGAUUUCCUAAGAUUAGGAUUCAAACUCGACAGCUUGAAAAUCUCUUGCAUAAGAGAAUUAUCGUGGCUGUAGAUUCUUGGGAUUGUUUAUCUCGGUAUCCUUCCGGCCAUUAUGUACGAACCAUAGGAGAUAUCGGUGACAGAGAAACUGAAAGUGAGGUUGUUUUGAUUGAGAAUGAUAUAGAUUCCAGACCAUUUUCUGCUCAAGUGUUGUCUUGUUUGCCACCUAUCCCUUGGUCGGUGUCCUCGGUGGAUCUGGAGAAUCCCAACAGGCAGGAUUUGCGACACUUGCGUGUAUUUAGCGUGGAUCCUCCAGGCUGCAGGGAUAUUGAUGAUGCACUACACUGUACUCCUCUUCCAAAUGGACAUUUUGAAGUUGGAGUUCAUAUUGCUGAUGUCACGAACUUUGUUCACCCUGGUACACCUCUUGAUGAUGAAGCAACCCAAAGGGGUACGUCAGUCUAUCUUGUUGAGCGACGCAUUGACAUGCUCCCAAAACCUCUAACAGAAGAUAUAUGUUCUCUUCGUUUCGGUGUUGAGAGACUAGCCUUCUCUGUUAUCUGGGAAAUGACGCCUGAAGCCGAGAUUAUUUCUAUUAGAUAUACAAAGAGUGUCAUCAAGUCAUGUGCUGCAUUAUCUUACCUUGAAGCUCAAGCCAGGAUGGAUGAUAGCCGCCUGAUGGACUCACUAACUACGGACCUGCGAAAUAUGAAUGCAUUGGCGAAGAUUAUGAGGCUCAUACGUAUUGAGAAAGGAGCUUUAACUCUUGCUUCCGCAGAAGUAAAAUUCCAGAUUGACACUGAAACUCAUGAUCCUCUUGAUAUUGGAAUGUAUCAGAUUCGGGAGGCAAAUCAAAUGGUUGAGGAAUUUAUGCUUGCUGCUAAUAUUUCAGUUGCAGAAAAAAUCUUGAAACACUUUCCGGUGUUCUCGCUACUAAGGCGCCAUCCGAGUCCUACCAAAGAGAUGCUUGAACCUUUGCUGCGUACUACGGCUGCUCUUGGUCUGGGUUUGGAUGUGUCAUCUUCAAAAGCCCUGGCUGAUUCACUUGACCAGGCUGUGGCUGAUGAUCCAUACUUCAAUAAGCUUAUUCGUAUAUUGGCGACUAGAUGCAUGACUCAGGCUGUUUACUUCUGUAGUGGGGACCUCACCCCUCCAGAAUUUCUGCAUUACGGUCUUGCUGCAGCUCUAUAUACUCAUUUUACUUCCCCAAUUCGAAGAUAUGCAGAUGUCAUUGUACACAGAUUGCUUGCUGCAGCUUUGGGGAUUUAUAAGCUUCCACCAAUAUUCCAAGAUAGACCUCAACUUACUAGCAUCGCUGACAAUUUAAAUUACCGGCAUAGGAAUGCUCAGAUGGCAGGGCGAGCCUCCGUCGAGUUGCAUACACUCAUAUAUUUUAGGAAUCGGCCAACGGAUACUGAAGCAAGAAUAGUGAAGAUAAGAUCCAAUGGAUUUAUUGUAUUUGUGCCCAAGUAUGGUAUAGAAGGCCCCGUGUACCUGACGUCGAAAGGGGACAAGGGUGGAGGGGAGUGGUUUGUGGAUGAGGAGCAUCAGAAGGUUAAAAAGAUGGAUGGCAGCAUCAGUUACAGCGUCCUGCAGGCAGUUAAAAUUCACAUGGAGGUCGUUGAACCCCAGCCCAAUCGGCCGAAGCUCCAACUCACUCUCAUCUAGAAAGAUAAGUAUUCUCACUUAAUUUACUGCACAAACUUUAGAAAUUAUAUAUGUAUAAUAUAUUAGUUAUUUGUAGAAUUCUUUUCAUAGUUUGGAUAUCUGAGAAUUAGGAUUUGGUCAGCACGAGUGUGAAAUCAAAUUCAGCCCCUACACAGCGUUAAUUGGGGUUGGUUGGAAAAGUAAUAGAGAAACAUUGUGAUGAAUAUUAUUGUUCUUUUCUUUGGUGUCUGAGUAAUUUAGAACAAAUCCAAAACUCUAAAGUCUAUACAUGUCACGCGGAGUUUUUUCUUU